GGCUGCGCGAGCGUCACGUGCCGCGGCGUGGGCCGCUGCCUUGGAAACGCAGGCGCGCGCUUCCUGAACCCGGGCAGAGCAGGGACCCGGGAGGGUGCUGCUGGUGGCCGUCAUGCUGCGGUACGGUCGCAGACUGUGCGGCCUGGGAGCCGGAGCGGCUCUGCGGGGACCUGCGGGCCGAGGCGGCCUGCUCAGCGGAGGUCGCGCCCGGGGAGUCAGCACCAGCUGGUCCCCGGUGGGCGCCGCCUUCAAUGUCAAGCCCCAGGGUCGCCGGUGGGACCUGCUGGGAGAGCGCCAGGGUCUUUUUGGAGUUCCUGAGCUCAGCACUCCUGAAGGAUUCCAUGUUGCUCAGAAGGAGGCUUUGAGGAAGACGGAAUGGCUGGUGGAGCAAGCAUGUACCACACCUCCCGGGCCACAGACGGUCCUCAUCUUUGAUGAGCUCUCGGAUUGCCUGUGCAGAGUGGCCGACUUGGCAGACUUUGUGAAAAUUGGACACCCUGAGCCCGCAUUCAGAGAGGCUGCAGAAGAGGCCUGCAGGAGUAUCGGCACCAUGGUGGAAAAGUUGAAUACGAAUGUGGAAUUAUAUCAGAGUCUGCAGAAAUUACUAGAUGAUAAGAAGCUAAUGGAUUCCCUUGAUGCAGAAACCAGGCGAGUGGCAGAAUUAUUUAUGUUUGAUUUUGAAAUCAGUGGAAUCCAUCUAGAUGAAGAAAAGCGCAGAAGAGCAGUGGAUCUCAAUGUUAAGAUCCUGGAUUUGAGCAGUGCCUUUCUUAUGGGAACCAACUUUCCCAACAAGAUACAGAAGCAUCUCUUGCCAGAGCACAUUCGGCACCACUUUGCCCGCGAUGGGAGUUACGUUGUCAUUGGCGGUCUACAUGCAGAAGCCUCGGAUGACUUGGUUCGGGAAGCUGCUUAUAAAAUUUUUCUUUAUCCCAAUGCUGGUCAGUUGAAAUGUCUAGAAGAAUUGCUAAGCAGCAGAGAUCUUCUGGCAAACUUAGUAGGUUAUCCUACAUUUUCCCACAGAGCCCUCCAGGGAACCAUAGCUCAGACUCCAGAGACUGUCAUGCAGUUCCUUGAGAAACUAUCUGACAAACUCUCGGAAAGAGCUGCAAAAGAUUUUGAGAUGAUGAGAGACAUGAAGAUGAAACUAAAUCCUCAAAAUUCUGAACUAAUGCCCUGGGACGCCCCCUACUACAGCGGUGUGAUUCGUGCAGAGAGGUAUAAUAUUGAGCCCAGUUUAUAUUGCCCGUUUUUCUCCCUUGGAGCUUGCAUGGAAGGCCUGAACAUCUUAUUUAACAAACUGUUGGGCAUCACCUUGUAUGCAGAGCAGCCUGCAAAAGGAGAGGUGUGGUGUGAUGAUGUCCGGAAACUGGCUGUUGUUCAUGAAUCUGAAGGGUUGCUGGGGUACAUUUACUGUGAUUUUUUCCAGCGAGCAAACAAGCCACAUCAGGACUGCCACUUCACCAUCCGAGGGGGCAGAUUAAAGGAAGAUGGAAGCUAUCAGCUCCCAGUCGUCGUUCUGAUGCUGAAUCUUCCUCAUUCCUCCAGGGACUCCCCCACCUUAUUAACUCCUGGGAUGAUGGAGAAUCUCUUCCAUGAGAUGGGACAUGCCAUGCAUUCAAUGCUUGGACGAACUCGGUACCAGCAUGUCACUGGGACCAGGUGCCCGACAGACUUUGCGGAAGUUCCAUCUAUUCUAAUGGAGUACUUUUCAAAUGACUACCGGGUAGUCAGCCAGUUUGCCAGGCAUUAUCAGACGGGGCAGCCACUGCCGAAAGCUAUGGUGUCUCGCCUCUGCGAAUCUAAGAAGGUUUGUGCGGCUGCAGAAAUGCAACUUCAGGUCUUUUAUGCCGCCCUGGAUCAAAUCUACCAUGGCCAGCAUCCCCUGAGGAAGUCGACCACAGACAUCCUCAUGGAAACGCAAGAGCACUUCUAUGGCUUGCCCUAUGUUCCUGACACUGCUUGGCAGCUGAGGUUCAGCCACCUCGUGGGAUAUGGCGCCAAAUAUUACUCAUACCUGAUGUCCAGGGCUGUGGCGUCCAUGGUCUGGAAGGAGUGCUUCCUACAGGAUCCUUUUAACAGGGCCGCCGGGGAACGGUACCGCAGAGAGAUGUUAGCCCAUGGUGGAGGCAAGGAGCCCAUGCUCAUGGUUCAAGGCAUGCUGCAGAAGUGUCCCUCCAUUGAUGACUUCGUGGGCGCCCUCGUUUCUGACUUGAAUCUGGACUUUGAAACUUUCUUCAUGGAUUCUAAAUAGCAGAAGCAUAGCUCGUGCGGAUAAGAAACUCGUCACCAGAUCUCGAUCAUACAGCUACGACAGCUCCAUCCAACUUCAGUUCACUGAGGAAAUAUUUCCUGACAAGCCUUAAACUGACGGAACUGGGAAUAAAUGUUUUUGAAUCACA